CUGCACCACCGAGUGGAUGUGCACUCUGCCUGGGAAGAGGAAAAGACAAGUCUCACUCCUCUGGAUGCUCUCAACGCACAGCUGGGACAUUGUCUCCAUCUGGACGCACAAUUACGCACAAUUACGCGCGGCUGCAAGAUAAAUAACAAGCUGCAACGUCCGAUUUCCAAUAUCAGGAUCGCUUUAUUUUGAUGCAUUUUGCAAUAUUUAGGAGACAUUUGUCUUUUUUCGUGUGUGGAUUUGCACAGCUGGGUCGUUGUCGCCAUCUGGACGCACAAUUACGCACAAUUACGCGCGGCUGCAAGAUAAAUAACAAGCUGCAACGUCCGAUUUCCAAUAUCAGGAUCGCUUUAUUUUGAUGCAUUUUGCAAUAUUUAGGAGUCUUAUUCGUGUGUGUGUGUGGAUUUGCAUCUGUAAAGUCUGCAGAAAGUUAUGCACAGAGUGCAACCAGGGAAUGUGAUCUGCGCGUAAAACCUCUCCAAGUUUCUAUCCUGCAACAAAAUCCUCCUUUAAAAAGAUGCAGAUCCUCCUGUAUGCAGCUGUGUUCCUGUACCUCAGAGAGUCUGAGUCUGCAGAGUGUCCUACCCGGUGUGAUGUGAGCACCUGUCCGAGUCCCAGCUGCCCCAGCGGAUACGUGCCGGACCGCUGCAACUGCUGCCUGGUGUGCGCCCAGGCGGAGGGAGAGCCGUGCGGCCGUAAAGAAGACCUGCCAUGCGGAGACGGGCUGGACUGCAAACACCCGAGCAAGAGACUCUCCAAGGGCUUCUGCAGGUGCAAGUUCAACCAUCCUCUGUGCGGCAGCGACGGGAAGACGUACGGAAACGUGUGCCAGCUGAAGGCCACCAGCAGGAAGGCUCUGCAUCAGGGACUCACCGGCAUCAGCCAGAGCCACAAGGGACCCUGUGAGAGCAGCACAGGUACUUCAAAUGCUGCCAGUCCUCGUUACAAGUUCAACUUCAUCGCUGACGUGGUGGAGAAAAUCGCUCCUGCCGUGGUCCACAUCGAACUCUUCCUAAGGCAUCCUCUCUUCGGUCGGAACAUCCCUCUGUCCAGUGGAUCUGGGUUUGUGAUGUCAGAUAACGGACUGAUCGUUACCAACGCCCACGUGGUCUCCAGCACCACACCAGUGUCUGGUCAACAGCACCUCAAGGUCCAGAUGCAUAACGGUGACGUAUACGAAGCCAACAUCAAAGACAUCGACAAAAAGUCAGACAUCGCUACCAUCAAAGUCAAUUCACAGAUGAAACUACCUAUAUUGUUUCUGGGCCACAGUGCGGACCUGAGGCCCGGGGAGUUCGUGGUUGCGAUCGGUAGCCCCUUCGCCCUCCAGAACACCGUCACCACCGGCAUCGUCAGCACCGCCCAGAGAGACGGCAAGGAGCUGGGCCUCAAGGACUCCGACAUGGACUACAUCCAGACGGACGCUAUUAUCAACUACGGGAACUCAGGAGGACCUCUUGUCAAUUUGGACGGGGAGGUGAUCGGCAUCAACACCCUGAAGGUCGCAGCGGGAAUCUCAUUCGCCAUUCCCUCCGACCGAAUCACUCGCUUCCUAAACGAAUCGCUCGACAAGCACAGCAAAGAUGUGAGGUCAAUAAAGAAGCGUUUCAUUGGAAUCAGGAUGCUGACCAUCACGCCAGCGUUAAUUGAAGAGCUAAAACAGCAGAACCCAGACUUCCCUGAUGUUACCAGCGGGAUUUAUGUCCACGAGGUCGUUCCUCACUCACCUGCACAGAAAGGUGGUAUCAAAGACGGUGACAUUAUCGUGAAACUGAACGGCAAACCUCUGAUGGCCACGACCGACCUGCAGGGGGCGCUGCAGGAGGAGACGGCCCUGCUGCUGGAGGUCAGGAGGGACAAUGACGACCUGCUCUUUAACAUCGAACCUGACGUUAUCAUGCAGUAGACAUGCAGAGUUAGACCAACAUCUACAGGAAGGCCCUCUUUUUGUGAAUGAACACGAUGGUGUUGGGUGGUGGAAGCUCUGCACCAGUGCAGUUGAACUUUUGUCAAGCGCACACUUCUUCUGAUAUUUUGGUACCUAACAAAGUAAAAGGAGCCGAUGGACGACAUGGUGCAAUGCAGUUUUGGUAUCAAGGAUUUACAGCCUCCACCUGCUCAGACCAGGUCAACGUUGGAACAGGUGCACAGAAUCGCAUAAAUCCAAACCCCUUUAAUGUUUUUAUGUUAUGUUUCACUUUUAAUUAUACAUUUUUCAACCAGUAAACACAUUUUACCUCAAAAAUGUAAAAAAAAAAAAUUACGUUAAUAAUGUCUGUUAGGCAGCAUCUUAUGGUGCACAUCACAAAAAGAAAAAAGCAAAGUUGAUGAAUGUACAGUUGAAUUGAUACAUUUCUAUUGAAUUUUUAAAAAACGAAAGUUGACCGUCAUCUUUUCUUGUAAAAUGUCCAGUGUAGUCGGUAAAACCGGUGUUGUCACAAGUUUAUUAACCGGUGGGAAAAUUUCCUCACUGUCACAUCCUUAACGGGCACCCGCCUCGUCGACUAUAGAUGAUAUACCAAAGUGUCAACAUACUCUUUGUGCUCUUUGUGCCUUGUUGCUUGCACAGUGGAGGACACUUUGCACCAUUUUUUCACGAAAAUAGGGUUUUAGUUUUGUCGAUAUUGGCCUUCAGUCAUCGGCCAGUGUGGUCUAUGAUGGGCAGUCUUUUUGACCUCAACCUUUGACCUUGUUAAUAAUUUGUUUUUUUUGUACUGUAUGUCAGUUGUAUGACCAGAGGAACCAUUCCAAAGUGUUGCGGGAGGCUUUUUUGCUAUAACAGUUUUGUAAAACCUGCAAUGAAACCUCAUGGUUUGAUUAAAAGUUGAUGAAUAUAGGCCAGGCAGCUUCAUUCCAAAACUGCUGAAAACCCUUUAUUGAAAAUGGUGAUGGCUUACGUCGUAUCUUUUGCUGGAAAAAGGUUCCCCAAACUAAGUGCUGUAAUGCUUUGAGUAUGGAUGGAUGAUAUUCCAGAGGAGUCCAUCCGAUCUGAGCCCUAAAGUUGUAUCUCCUCUGAAAGACGUUGGUUCUAACUGGGUUACUUGCUCUAGGACUUAAUAGUAAAACCCCUUAAAACUGACAGAAACAUGCGAUAAAGACAAUGUCAACGGGCUAACAUAAAGAGCUGUGUCCCAUUUCUGUCUGCUUUUCAAGACUGAAUACAUCAUUAAGUGCCCAAUCACACUACAAAGUGGGAUAAAUAAAUAUGCUUUAGUACAGUUUUAAUUUUCAUUGCUUGGCUUAAUAAGACUACUGGCUGGCUCGCUAUUAUAAACCAACAAUGAGUCUUAUUAGACUUAUCUCUGUAAUGGACACAGAGAUGAAAUUGAUCUGAUUGUGAGUUUGUUGGCCAACAAAGGCCCCUUAUGUUAGAGCUUUUUAACCAUCAGCCAUUUCAUCGCAUUUUUGAGAGCCUUAAGGUGCUCAAAAAGUUGUUAAACUUUGCACACUCAUCAGAUGCGUUGUAAAAUUUGUUAUUUUAAGGGUCUCGAGCUUGGGUGUUGCAAAAUGGCUUGAAAGCCCCCCCUAGAAAGUCGGAAAAAUUGAGCCCGGUUUCACCUACAUGUAUGAAAUUUGGUAGGCAGAUGUAACGUGGAGACGCACAAAAAAGCCUCUUGGAGGUAUACCCAAAACCCAACAGGAAGUCAGCCAUUUUGAAUUCAAUCUGCCAUUUUCACCCAUUUUUAGCGUUUUACAGGCCGUGUACUUUAACAAACUCCUGAUUUAAUCAGAUUUAAUCAGAUCGACUUAAAAUUUGGGCAGGACCAUCUACAGACCUUAACGAUGAAAUGUUAUUAAAAUCCUGAGUUUUCGUUGAACGGUGUGGCCGUGGGUGGCCAUUUUGCACCAUCCACCAUGAAACAGGAAGUUGUUGUGACUUCUGCAUGCUUUGCCAAAUCUGCUACAAAUUUCUCAGCCAUGAUGAUGAACCAGGCCUGAGGUCAUUUACAUACCAAAUUAGACUCAUAGCCCCCGCUCAUAACUCAUGAACAGUUUUGUCGCAGACUCUUAUGGGAGGCGUCCACCGCCGUCCUGCCAGUACCCCCGAAGCGCGGUAAGGUGCGAGGGCCCGUUCAUCGCUGUGUCCAAGCACAUGUUAAACAUUGUCAUGUUAUCUACGGUUUAUGGUCGGCGUGAUUCUUUAUUGCUGUAAAUUGUCCUUCCAUAACCAAAUGUGAACCACGUGUGUUGACUAACUUUAAAUUAUGUACUCUGUUGGACUGAAGAGCACAAAAUGUGAGUAGAUUUUUUAUAUAUAGUCUCUCGCUUUUAGUAUGAAGAGACUUUUAUGACAUCUUCGAAAUCAAAUGUUUACAUGUAAGUUGCCAACAAGACGAUCCUCCCCAUCAGCAGUUGGCAGUAGCUUUUGUCCACCAAAUAAAGUUUUCACAAACUAA